CACAAUUCGGAGCAGAACCUCCAAAAUGCUGCAAAACAAGUUUGUCAGCUGUCAAAAACUUUGGAAAUGUUCUUAAUAAUUGAUUCGCUCAAAGUGCAGUCGCUAAUUGACAGAAAUAAUACUCCAACAGUUGAGAAAAGCAUUAAUGACACUAGUGAAUCAAUAAUCAGACUGACGUGAAGAAUAUUCAGUGUGUGCUCUGUGUUAUCGAUCACUCUGCUGAUGUUUAAAUAAAUAAAAUUAUCGCUUAGGCGAAUAAAACACAGCAAUUACUUUAACCUCAACGUAAAAAUCCCAGUCGCACCAUGCAAGGAUUAUUCGCACGACGAAAAUGGAGUUGAGAGUAUCAAAAAUUAGUUGAUGAAGCAUAAAAUUUGGAAAAAAAUCGUUCAGUGAAGGAGUUAAAAAUUAUGAGCGCCAUUCUGAUCGAAUCUAAAAUUAAUGAAGUUCAAAAUCCUUCGACAAAUAAUGAAUGAUCAAGGACACAAUAUUAUUAUAAUUAAAUAUCACAAUUAAAUACAUUAAAACUCCUCAUAAUCCCUGAGAAAGCCAAGACUAAUUAAACUCGAGUUGAAUUAACUGAAGAAAAAUGGGUUCAGAGCAGAGUUCGCAAGGCUCCACGAGUCAGGCCCAGUCCCGAGGGCCACUUCGUCGAGGAAAAAGCGUUCCCAACCGAGAGCGCCUUCCAGACGACACUCCCCCUAGAUCCACAAGUCCAGGUCCCAGCAUCUGUUCAGACUCAGACCUGCCCUACAUAUCGUACACCGUGAAUCAGCCCAUCGGGGACUCCCCAAAGAUGUCCAACAAGCAUUUGUCGAGAGGCAAGAGUUUCGGCUCCGACGUGACUCGACGGAAAUCCAGUCUAGGAUCGAGGAAGAUAACGUCCUCAAAGGCUCACAACAUCGUGGUGGUGAAGCCAGCAAUGUCUGACCCAGCAGCCGACCGAGAUCCCGACCUAGUCAAGCUCCAGAGCAUCCCCAUGUUCCUCCCGAUCAUGAGGGGAACCCUGAACCUUCCCCCGGGCGUGAGGGACCCUGAGAUCCUCGAGAGGCUGGACCCCCUGGGGCUGUUCAAUCUCUGCGCGAGGUACCAGCAUCAUCUGAAUGCAAAUGCUCAGAUGAUCGCUGGGGAGCAGCAGGCCUUGUGUGCCAAUAUCGAUGCUGAGGUGAACAGGAUCAUGGCGCAGGCGGUGGAGAGGCAGAAGAAGUUCGCUAAAUUCGCUGAGCACAUGAACAAGGUUCACGAACUCAGCAGACACCUGACCAAGUGCCACAUGCAGUUGAAUCAGACUUUAGAGAGUCUCGAGACUCUGAAUAAUCUGCUGCCUAUCAAGGAUCGACUGGAGCCUUUUGUCUGGACCACUGGAUAAUUUGGAUUUUUUUAAGGAUUCUUGGGGUGGGGGAAGUCUCAGAAUGAUACCGUUCUAUUUUAUUGUGGUUGUGGGGUGAUUCAUGUAGCUAAUUUGAUUGUAAAUAAAUUAGAAGAAUUAUUUGUUUGAAUUUUGUCAUUUGAUUUUUUUAUGAUUGCCUGAGCUUCAACAUUUCAACUGAAUUUUAGUAAUAAUUCAAUAAUUUAAUGAUAAGACGAGAGUCAGAGGGCAAUUUCGAUUUUUUUGGGGAUCCUUCAGCUUCUCGAAAGUCUCGUCAUGGUACUGUGGUGUUAUACGGACUUUGUAGUGUGAAUUUUUGUAGUUUAACUGAAUGUGAAUAAAUGAAAUGUAUUUUGGA